AUGUUGAUGCCGGAAUCCGUGAAGGGCGCCACUACGAGUCUCCUUGUGUAUACUUAUAACAGAAGAUUGACGACUCCAAGGUUUCUCUCCAUGGAGUCUUCACCCAAGCCAACAGAAGAAGCGUCUCUCCACUUUCCACCCGGACAAGAGCCAAAUCAAAGCUCUACUACCGUCGAUGAUGACUGCUCCCUCAACUCUCAUCAUGAGCCUCAUGGAAGUGCCACGACCACUGACAUCCAUGAUGUCUCCACCGAGCUUUCCCUUAACGAGAAAAGUCCUGGUUUGAAUGCCAAUAAACCGACUGCAGGCUGGGAGCAUGCCCACAAAGUACAUCGCUUGAAAGACCGAGAACUCGAAGCUGGCUUGAAGGGUCGUGACUUAGGUGUCACUUGGCGAAACCUCAAUGCACAGGUUCCUGCCGUCGAUUCCGCUGUCAACCAUAAUGCAAUCUCCCAAUUUGACUUGAAUCACCACUGGAAAAGGUUUCGCGAAACCCCGCCAAAGAACAAAAUUCUCAUCGACAGCCACGGAUGCGUCAAACCCGGUGAAAUGCUGUUAGUUCUGGGACGUCCUGGGUCUGGCUGUACGACUUUGCUGAAACUACUGGCAAACCGCCGAGGCGCGUACACUGUUGAUGGAGAUAUCCGCUUCGGGACAAUGGAUCACAAAGAGGCUGAAGCAUACCGAGGCCAGAUUGUGAUGAACACCGAGGAAGAAAUCUUCUUUCCGACCUUGACAGUUGGCGACACCAUGGACUUUGCAACCAAGAACAAGGUGAUGUUCAACCGGCCGUCCGAUCUACCAACGGGAAAGCAUUACCGAGAAGACAUGAAAGAAUUCCUCCUCGAGUCACUGGGCAUCUCUCAUACCGCUGACACAAAGGUUGGAAAUGAAUAUAUUCGGGGUGUGUCUGGUGGUGAGAGAAAGCGUGUUUCGAUCAUUGAGUGUAUGGCCACUCGUGGCUCAGUAUUCUGCUGGGAUAACAGCACGCGUGGCUUGGAUGCAAGCUCAGCACUCGACUGGACGAAAUGCAUUCGAACAUUGACCGAUACCCUUGGUCUGGCCUCUAUCGUUACCCUCUACCAAGCAGGUAACGGCAUUUACGACUUGUUUGACAAAGUCUUGGUACUGGACGAGGGCGAGGAGAUCUACUACGGUCCCAUGACUGAAGCUCGACCUUUCCUUGAAGAUGCUGGGUUCGUGUGUCGUGAGGGUGCAAACGUGGCAGACUACCUCACUGGAGUGACAGUGCCCACAGAACGUGCCAUCCGACCCGGAUAUGAACACUCCUUCCCUCGCACUGCCAAAGAGAUUCGCACUCUCUAUGAAGCCUCCCCGACUUUCAAGCAAAUGGUGCAGGAAGAGGAAGAAUAUCCAACCACAGCAAUCGCCAAAGAAAACACCGAAGCCUUCAAGGAGUCUAUCAAGCUUGAAAAGCACAAAUCCCUCGAUAAAGAGAGUGUUUUCACUGUCAGCUUUUACCACCAAGUUCUUGCCUGCAUUGCCCGACAAUACCGGGCCAUCUGGAACGACAAAGCCACAUUUGCGAUUCAACAGAUCUCCUCCCUCAUCCAAGCCCUCGUUGUCGGUUCCCUGUUCUAUGACGCCUCGGCAACUAGCACUGGACUAUUCCUCAAAUCUGGAUCUCUCUUCUUUGCUAUCCUCUACAACGGAAUUUUGACACCGAUGUCUGAGGUGGUUGAUUCUUUUACUGGUCGUCCUGUUCUCAUCAAGCAUAAGCAUUUCGCAUUCUUCCACCCUGCCACAUUCUGCUUCGCCCAGAUCGUUCUCGAUGUUCCCAUUGCUCUAUUCCAAAUCUCGAUCUUCUCAUUGAUCCUGUACUUCAUGACCGGUCUUGAGAUGGACGCGGGCAAAUUCUUCACAUAUUGGAUUGUUUUGUUUGCUGUUACCAUGUGCCUGACGCAAAUGUUCCGGGGCAUUGGAGCUCUUUUCACAACGUUUGACGGUGCCUCCAAGAUCUCAGGAUUCCUCGUCACUGCCUUGGUGGUCUAUGCGGGAUACAUGAUCGCGCGACCAGAGAUGCACAUGUGGUUUGGCUGGAUCUUCUACCUCAACCCGAUGGCUUAUGCGUUUGAAGCCCUUGCUGCCAAUGAGUUCCACGGAAAGAUCAUUCCUUGCGCAGCGACCAACUUGAUUCCCAAUGGUGAAGGUUAUCUGAACACCAGCCAUUCGGCAUGUUCAGGUGUACCGGGCGCCCAGAUCGGUGCCAAUUUCGUCACGGGCGACCAAUACCUCUCAGCUCUCAGCUAUUCUCACACUCAUAUCUGGCGGAACUUUGGUAUCAUCUGGGCAUUCUGGGCCUUCAAUGUUCUCGUCACUGUGGUCUCUACUAUGCAUUGGAAUGACAGUUCUGAGUCAGGCUCUUCAUUGCUGAUCCCAUAUGAAAAGCGACACCAUCACACUCGAGCCAUGGAUGAGGAGUCGCAAUCUGGCCCUCAAGGAGCCACGAAAUCCGAAGAAGACAACGAGAAUCUCAACCUGGAACGAAACUCUUCUAUCUUCAGCUGGAAGGAUCUCACCUACACCGUCAAAACGCCCACGGGAGACCGAGUUCUGUUGGACAAAGUGUAUGGUUGGGUUGAACCUGGCUCUCUAACAGCGUUGAUGGGAUCCAGUGGUGCCGGAAAGACGACUUUGCUGGACGUUCUUGCACAGCGAAAGACCGAAGGCACAAUCCAUGGAUCUAUCUUAGUAGACGGUCGGCCCCUCCCUAUCUCAUUCCAACGAUCUUCUGGUUACUGCGAGCAACUCGAUGUCCACGAGCCACAUGCAACAGUCCGAGAAGCCCUUGAGUUCUCUGCCUUGCUACGACAACCGAACCAUAUCCCUCAAGCAGAGAAGCUGGCUUAUGUGGAAACCAUUAUCAACCUCCUCGAGCUCCAUGAUAUUUCGGAUACCCUUAUUGGCGGAGUUGGUGCCGGUCUCAACAUUGAGCAACGGAAACGAGUGACUAUUGGAGUUGAAUUGGUCUCGAAGCCCAAGAUUUUGAUUUUCCUUGAUGAACCGACAUCUGGUCUGGACGGUCAGUCUGCAUUUAAUACCGUGCGGUUUUUGCGCAGACUUGCCGAUGUUGGACAAGCGGUUCUAGUGACCAUCCAUCAGCCCUCUGCACAACUCUUCUCUCAAUUCAACAAUCUACUUUUGUUGGCAAAGGGUGGCAAAAUGGUAUACUUCGGCGAAAUUGGUCAAGAUGGAUCCUGCAUCAAAGAAUAUUUCGGAAAUCUUGGAGCCCCUUGCCCCCCUGGAACUAACCCCGCAGAAUACAUGAUCGAUGUUGUCUCGGGCAACAUUCUUCCUGGGAUUGAAUGGCAUCAGAAAUGGCUCGAAUCACCUCAGCACAAACACAUGGCCAGCCAUCUCGACGAGCUCGUUUCCGGUGCAGCUAACAAACCCCCUGGGUUUGACGAGGACAACAACGAAUUCGCGACCUCUCUUUGGACUCAGAUCAAGCUCGUCACCAAACGGAUGAGCAUUUCUAUGUACAGAAAUACCGACUAUGUGAACAACAAGUUCGUUCUGCACAUUAUCUUGGGUCUUUUCAACGGUUUCACCUUCUGGAGUAUCGGUGAUUCAGUUACUGAUUUGCAACUGCGGCUUUUCGUCGUAUACAACGUCAUUUUCAUUUCACCCGGUGUGAUCAGUCAAUUGCAACCGCUCUUCAUUGCACGCCGGGAGAUUUACGACGCUCGCGAGAAGAAGAGUCGUAUGUAUUCAUGGAAGGCAUUUGUCACCGGCCUGAUCGUUUCGGAAUUCCCCUACCUCUGCCUCUGCGCAGUUCUUUACUUCGCUUGUUGCUACUACACAGUUGGCUUCCCGGUCUCAUCGACCCGCGCAGGAGCCUCCUUCUUCGUUAUCUGGCUGUACGAAUUCAUUUACACCGGGAUGGGGCAGGCCAUUGCUGCGUACGCCCCGAACGCGACAUUUGCUGCGUUGGCAAAUCCCCUGAUUCUCGGCACCAUCUUCGCUUGCUGUGGCAUGCUCGUUCCUUACGCACAAAUCACCGUUUUCUGGCGAUACUGGCUUUACUACCUCAACCCGUUCACCUAUGUCACCGGCUCUCUACUUGUUUUCGGUAUCUGGGACACAGAAGUCAAUUGCAAGGAGAACGAAUUUGCUACCUUCGACCCUCCCAACGGUCAAACCUGCGGUUCCUACCUCGCUUCUUAUUUGCAAGGGGAAGGGUCUCGGUCAAACCUUGUCAACCCCACUGCUACACAGAGCUGCCAGGUCUGUGAGUACAGGUCAGGAAACGACUACUUGUAUGGUGUCAACUUGCCGAAAUACCUCGACGGAUGGCGCGAUGCAGGGAUUGUCGUCAUCUUUGUUAUCAGCUCUUAUGCCACGGUCUACCUCAUGAUGAAACUCAGGACCAAGGCUUCCAAGAAGGCUGAAUAG